AUGGCGACAAAUGAGACCUGCGAUACGGUAUUGGAAGACGUCUAUCUCAGCCUUACAGCCACCGCGGACUAUGUCGUGUUCCCGCUUCUUCUGGAGACCGCGCUCGUCGCCGUAUUCACUCUCAUCAUGUUAUACUUCCUCUUUCAGCGAUGGCAGUCUCGUUCGCGCUUGCUCAGCUGGAGCAUCGCACUCUCGCUUUGUUUGUAUACUCUGACAACGAUUUGUUGGGCUUGCGACGUCUGGGAUUUGUGGCUACAGCUCCGUUGGGCAAUACCAGCACGGCUUCUGCCAUCACGCGCGGAGGCUUAUGGGGCCUCUUACACACGAGCGCGGGAUAUCAUCCAGGACAUACAGAAUGUCCUAACUCCCAUCGUGAUGAUCAUCAGUGAUAUGAUCACGCUUUGGAGGGUAUAUGUGAUCUAUGGUCGUGCACGCUGGAUCCUAGUAUUGCUCGUCGCCGUAGGCAUGGUUGAAACCGGGCUGUCCACCUACGCCGUUUACCUUACCACUACUAACUUCAGGGGCAAUUUGAGCGCAGAUAUCUCUCCUGCAGAUGAAGGUAUCGCAGAGAUUGUGCAACUCGCUACCUUUGUAUGCACUGCUGCGUGUCAGGUCCUAGCUGCCUGCAUGAUUAGCUAUAAGGCAUGGCUAUACCGCCAGAGCGUGAAGCAGUACGCCGGAACAGCAUUUCUUCGCCGAGGUAUCUCCGUUAUGCUUCUUGUGGUGGAGUCUGGUCUUCUUUAUGCCGCAUUUUGGGUUUACUUCGCGAUACUCUACGCCGAAUUCAUCCAUUCCUGGGGCGAAACGGCCUUUUACUGGGGAAGCUACUUCAUCCCCACCUUAUCCGGAAUGUACCCAACACUUGUGAUCAUACUUGUGGCUGUGCAGGGUUCGGUAGUGGAGCGUAGCGUGGCUCAUGCAUCGGCCUCUGAUGCAGUCGUAUUCGCCGUGCCUGUCACAGACUCCUCAGCCGACGCACACCCAUCAAGCUCUCAGCUCGACAACUCGCUCUAUUCCAAACGCGAUGAUGAGAAGGCGAAUCACGAUGAAGGUUUCGGUACGGAGCGGACCAUCCCCACGGCGCAGACGUAUGCAGUAUGA